UUGUGGAUGAAUUUAAUUGCUGGCUUAUGUCAUUGAAGCAAUACGAAGUUACUGUUAUAUCGGUAGAGCAAUCCAGAAUGGCAAUCUUGAUGGCAGCACUACGCAGCACUGCGCAGUGGUAUCCGUAUUGAUUUUUGUAGGUGGAGACAAAGUCAGCGGGAAAAUCAAUAUUACAUGUCACCGACAUUCUCGUUAUCUUCGACGUGAAAUUUCCUCGCUCGACACUAGUACGAUUUCUAAGUCAUUUUUUACAGUACAUAAAUUUCUGGUUUAUCUACUGUUUUGUGAAAUACUCGUGGAACUACAAUGUAGUUUCAUUGGUGUGCAUUCAUCGUUUCUGCGUCGCUUAAGCUGAGAUUUUAUUUGCCGUUCCUUCGAUAUCUUCAGCGCAACUGAAUCUAUCCUUAUCAAGACAGAUAUUUGCCGCUAAUAAUAUCAGCGAAGAAUGGUUAAAGGAUAACACUUGAAAGCAAUGACAAAAGAAGAGCAAUACAACUAGUAGAUGCAAAUUUCUAUUUCUUGUUACCGAUAACAUAAAGCUUGACUGCAACAUAUCAGCAUUUACUGGUGACUCAUUCAUUGCGACACAUUUUUCCAUCAGCUGAUCGAUGUAACUAGGGAAGAAGAAAAUACUCUACAUUAUACAAUAUUAUGAGCCAAUCUUGAAUAUUACGCAUAGACUAACAAAUGUAUAUAUAUCAUAAAAGAGAUAUAUUGAUGAACAAGUUCAACGCUCAUUGUUUAUUAACUAUUAAUGAGAAAGAUCUAGUUCUGAUAAAUAAAUAAUUUUCAAACCAAUCUACAGUUGAAAAUUAUCAUCAAAAGAAAUAAAAGUUUAUGCAAAUCAAGAGCUCUCUUCUGUGCAAGUGAACGAUUAUCGAAAGAUAUCGUGCGAUCUUCAGAAUUGAGAUAGUGACGGCAGAGGAGGAAUCGUCUUCUAUGCGGCAAGAAUCCUUGACUAGUUUGAAACUGCGGCCACCGGGCGAUCACGGUGGUGUACAUCACGGCGGAAUCAUGUUGGAAGAAGAUAUGGCUGGUGCACAGGACACCAUAUAUCUGUGCAAUUUUCGAGUGUCGGUAGACGGCGAAUGGCUCUGUCUAAAGGAGCUUCAGGAUGUCGAGUUCUCGCUACAGGACUCGAUGCAGCGGUCACCAUCACCACCGCUUGCACUUAGUGGUAUUAAUUAUCAUCAUGAUCAUCAUCAUCAUGAACAACAGCUUCCCGAAGAACGAGAGCUUCGCGAUAUUAUGCCACCAAGUCCACCGCCAUUGCAGCACGUCUCCAGCUUGUCACGGGAUCCGGUGAUCAUCGAAAGAAGUAAUCUCGUUAACAUUUCAAAACUAAUUGUCAAGGAGCUGAUUGAAACGUCUUUGAAAUAUGGUCGUAUGCUUGAUUCUGAUCACAUGCCAUUGCAACAUUUUUUCAUCGUUCUCGAACAUGUGCUUAGGCAUGGUUUACGGCCGAAGAAGGGUCUUCUCGGACCCAAGAAGGAGCUGUGGGAUAUUCUUCAGCUCGUAGAGAAAUAUUGUUCCGAAGCACAAGAUAUUACAUCCAGCAUUCGUGAUUUACCUACUGUUAGGACGGCUAUGGGUAGGGCGCGUGCUUGGUUGCGUAUGGCAUUAAUGCAAAAGAAAUUAGCGGAUUAUCUCAAAGUGUUAAUAGACCACAAAGAUGAUAUUCUAUCUGAAUAUUUUGAACCAGAUGCUCUGAUGAUGAGCGAGGAGGCAAUCGUAGUGAUGGGUUUAUUAGUUGGAUUAAAUGUGAUUGAUUGCAACUUUUGCGUAAAGGAAGAAGAUCUUGACUGUCAGCAGGGCGUAAUCGAUUUUUCAUUAUAUCUGCGUAACAGCAAUCAUAUACCUGGUGAAUCUCCAGAUGAUGAACUCGAAAAUGACAAUAUGACUACAGUGCUCGAUCAAAAGAAUUAUAUCGAAGAGCUCAAUCGACAUCUAAAUGCAACAGUAACGAAUCUCCAAGCUAAAGUAGAAUCUCUCACGACAACAAAUGCUCUUAUGAAAGAAGAUCUCGCUAUUGCUAAGAACAAUAUUUUAUCGAUUCAAGAUGAGAACAGGCAAUUAAAAAAGGAACUUGGUAUAGAAGUUAAAGACGCAAAUGAGAACGGAAAAGUACCUCUUAAAAUAACAGAAACCACAGCGGAAAUAGAAGAACUUAGAAGCAGAGUAGAAUCUGAAAAGAAAUCUCGACAAGAUUUAGAGAAAGAACUGGAAUUGCAGAUUAGCAUGAAAUCCGAAAUGGAAGUAGCUAUGAAAUUGUUAGAGAAGGAUAUACAUGAGAAGCAGGAUACUAUAAUAUCUUUAAGGCGACAACUGGAGGAUAUCAAAUUAAUCAACUUGGAAAUGUACAAAAAGCUGCAGGAGUGCGAAGGCUCGCUUAAGCAUAAGACAGAACUGAUCACAAAACUGGAAGCUAAAACACUAUCGAUGACUGAGACCAUCCAGAAAAUGGAUGAGAAGUGCAAGGAGAUGGAUGGUGUCAGAUCGGGAGCGGAGGAGAAGGUGAGAGUCCUGGGCGCCGAGGCUGCUGAACGGGAAGCGCGGACGAAUGGGGUCGAGAGGGAAUUGCGACUCGAGCGCGAAUGGAGAACCUCCUUGCAGGAAACAUCGAUCUCUAACACGGAGAAGAUCUCUCAAUUACAUCAGGAGAUCGAUCAGUUGAAACGGGUGUCCGAGAAAUACUUGACGCUGCAGGAAGAGUAUUACGCGCUGAAGGAGGUGUGCAGCGAGCAGGAACGAACUCUGGAGGAACUUGGAGGACAAUUGAGCGCGGCAAAAUUAGCGGCGGUCGAACUGCGCGAGGCCGCUGACAACGCUCAACAGCAGCAGCAGUCAGCGUUGCAAGAGGGCUCGGUAACCUGGGCGAACGAUCGGCUGGUCACCCAAUGCAAGGGGUGCAGUCGUGAGUUCAACAUGACUCGUCGCAAGCACCAUUGCCGCAAUUGUGGAAAUAUUUUCUGUAACGCUUGCAGUGACAAUACUACAGUCUUGCCGAAUUCAGCGAAACCGGUGCGCGUUUGUGAUGAAUGUUACGUAUUUCUAGUUAGUCGUGACUCGGCGAUGCGUUAAUACUUCACGUGCUAUUGUAUUCUUUCUCAUAAGCAUGUUGUUCACCAGAGAUUUCAGUCCAAAGCGCAGUCACACUCGAAAAAAAUCGAAAACCUGGAAUAAAGAAGAAUAACAAAAUCUGUCCUAAAAUGUAGUCCACAAAUGUUUGUAUAUGUUUUUUUUACGGUACGUUAUGCAUAACCAUUUAAAUUGGACGUGCGUGAUGACGGACAAACCAAUCUGCCGUGAACAAUAUUUUGUUCCAAGUUAAAUAAUUUUUUUUAUAAAAAUACUCGCGUUAUUUUAGAAUUUAUA